AUGUCCGUCUGCCAUGCCUCGGAACCCGGGAGGAUGGCAUUGCGCUCGGAGUGGGUCCGUGCGCGGGAGCAUUCGUGAAUGACCUCCCGAGCGCUGGCGCGACCUCUCUCUCUCUCUCUCUCUCUCUUUCCUCACCGAACUCCGUCGAAGAUCCCGGCGCCACAAGACCAUCAAGCUCCUCGGAUGGUUGCGUCAAGGUUCCAAGCGAGCGGUGAUGCUGAGUAAGUACACUUCCCACCCAUCCCCCACUACUCUGAUCCACCCUGUGCAGCGCAUUACGUCGCGUUCACGCGGCAUCGGUUGCUGACUCGGACCGGGCGUGCGACGUUAUCAUCUCGACCCUCCUCCCCCCUCGCAGGCCCUCAAGCGGCGGACUAUGAUAUGUCAAUCAGCUCACCAGGUCGACCACGACCUCAAUCCAUCUACCCUCAAGGUUCCUACAACCAUCGAUGCGAGUGUGACGCUCUACUUUGUGGGUUCUCUUGCUGGCCCAGCGCGCGCCAAGUUGGCAAUGGCGAAGCGGUCCAGCGCUGACCCAUAAUGUGUCUUGUCCGCCAGAACCCCGACCGAUCUCGUCAAGAGGGACUCGUUCGCAACAAUGGAUGAAUGGGAUGGGAAGAAGGGAGGGAGUGGCGGGCUUUAUGUCCCAUGGUUUCGUUUCUCUUUUUUGUGGGGUCGCAUCGAGAAGCUGUCCCCUUUGCUUUAGUUUCGGCUAGGGCAAGUUCGCGGGCCAAAUGCAAUGCGAGAGACCACCGUUGA